AUGGUAGUCUACAUUGUUCAUGGAUACAAUAGAAAUCAAUGGCUUUCUAACAAAAAGGUGCACAAGACACUUAGGAAAUUGCUUCCAGAUUCACUAAUGGAUGGUCCUGUUAAGAAAUUCUCCAAAGCAAUGAAACGAAUACGAAAUAAUGGCAUUGAAUCACUAGAACCGAGCGUAUAUUUGGAGCAAGACAAGCAAUUCAUCUACAUUUUGAAGUAUCUCAUCAAGUGGUUUCGUAAAAACUACAAAUUUGACUCAAACGGUAUGAGAGUGUUAGGUUAUAUCCCUGAGCUGAAACUAGGCGAACUGGACAAGUACAGUCCGAAACGGGCUCCAUCUAUAUCUAAUAUCAAAGACUUCCUAUCCGUUAUCAAGAAGUUCAAACACAAUCGAGAUACGGGAGCUCAGAUAUUUACAGCUAUAUUGAGAUCAUUGGGAUUUGAACUGAGACUCAUCUUUUCUAUACCGACAUUGCCAAAAUCUAAAGAUGCAAAGAUGCAGCCCAAGGUCGAUUUCGAAAAGCUUGAGAGAAACAAAGAUAACGAUUUGCUCUACCCUUACUUUUGGACCGAGGUAGUGAACCCUUUGGAUCCUUCUGAAAUAAUCGUCAUAGAAACAUCAUGUUUCCAUGAUGAAGAAAAAAGGCUUUCACGUCUAAAGAGGUUUGUACAUGAGAAGGUGAAGCGGGAUACAUUGUCUUCAUAUUAUACGGAUAUGUUCUAUCCCGUUGCAGAUCAGUUCAACCAAAUGACUAUGCACUAUGUUGUAAGUUAUAGCAAUGACAACCUCGUGAUGGAUGUCAGUUCCAGAUACAUGCAAGACGUAUCGUUUCGAUGGUUUAACAAGUUGGAUCUUCGGAUUCAGCAAGGAAGAACUGCACUUUUGUUCCACUCUAUAUUGAGGCAUUUGAGUCAUAACCACGAAUAUACCUCAGAAGACAAUAGCGAACUUGAUUGUCUCAAGGAGGUCGCCUUGACGAACUACAAUAUUCCCACUACCUGGAGUGCGUUGAAGAGAAACCCUAACCUUGUAACUGAAUCAACCUUGCGUUAUAACGAAGUUAUCGAAAGUUCCAGUGUUCCUCUUUCGAGUAUCUCUCUUGACAAUAAGAAGGAGUCCAUCUACUUUAAGAAUCACGUAAUUGUGGGGAAGUCAGAAAAACAAUGGAAAUUUUUAGGCAGAUCAAUCCAACCAGAACAAGCAAAGUUUCCUAUAAAAGUAACAAAACUGCUUCCACCUCGUACCAUUGCGAACAAGAGAAUCUUCAAUUUCAAUAUAAUGAACAACCAGCAUUCGCUUAAUGAAACCAAGUUGUACAGCUUUAACCAAACGUGUUCUUAUAUUAAGAUGAAAAUAUUUAUUGAUUCUAAUGGUAAACCUAAUUUACCUCGAAAUCGUUUUGGAAAUUUAGAAAUCUUCAGAGAAUGUAUGAUUCCAGAUGGAUGUUGUUGGAUAAAAUUGAAUUUCAUCGAGUCUAUAUUAUCAGCCUAUAAGUCAGGAAAGCUAAAGGUUCCGGUAGAUAUUGAAGUUCAAUAUGUGCCUGUUGUCACUGGCUUCAACUUCACAUCUAAAGCUGGUCUGGCAAUCCCGGUUAAGAAGGGCGUUAUAGUUUUAAACGAGCAAGCUGUCAUUGCUAAAAAGAUCUGGCUCUAUGGCCGAAUAUCACAACACAGUUUAGAACUCACAGAGAGAAAUAGGAUAGCAUUAGCUAACUGGCAAGGUCUCUUAAAACGUCUCAGGAUAAAAAGAAAAUUAGAAUAUUACUAUGGAGCCCACGAAUAA